AUGGCGGUGUCCUGGGAGGAGUAUUUCCAACUGGCCUCGCAAGAGAAGCUGCCUACGAAGAUCCCCGCGCUGCAUCCUGACCACUUGCCACCGGUGCUGGGUCUCCUGGAGAAGAGGCGGGAGCUGGUGGAUGCAGAUCGGGGCCUGCAGGCUCAGAAGGAGGUGUUCGAGACCACGAUGGCGGUCCUGAAACUGCGCCGGGAACAGGUGGAACAGAAGCAGCAGGAGCUAAAGGAGUCCUUUGUCCGUUUUGACAAGUUCUUGCAGGACACGGAGGUCCGACGCAGUGGCGCGAUGCGGAGGGCGGCAGAGGAGCGACGCCGGGCGGGCCGCCUGGAGGCGGAGGCGCUGCAGCUUCGGGCGCAGCUGGAGAAGCUGCAGCGGAAGCGCGCGCGCCUGCGGCGCCGGGUGCAGCGCCUGGAGCCCUGCGCGCGCCUGCUGGAGCGAGUGCUGGAGCAGCUGCCCGAGCUGCUGGAGCGCCUGGAGGCGGCGCGGGAGCGCGCGCUGCGCUGGGAAUCCGCGUGGGCUGGGAUCCAGAACACGGCCGCCGAGAAGACCCUGCUCCUGGGGCGCGCUAGGAUGUCAGUGCUGAACCUGUUCCAGCUGGUGUGCCAGCAUCAGAGGCAGCCACCUGCCCUGGGCAUUGAGGACACCGAGGGGCAGCUGGAACAGGUGAAGCUGUUCAUCCUGGACCUCUCUGCCAUGCUGGCCAGCCUUCCCCAGGGCAAGCCGGAGACCCUGGCCCCCUAGCCUGACCCAGCUGCAAGGCUGGCCCGGC